UCAACAAAGAGGCGACGAACUCAACCAUCUUCCACCGACCAUCCGACUAUCUGAAGGCCUCGACAACAAUACCCGGAUUCGUUGUAUCAGCCGCUUCUACGAUAACCGCUAUCAGGCAUCAAGUGCGCAUUUCCAAGACCAUAAGUGGUUUUGAAGGGGCUUCAAUCUACAUAUCACAUAGCACAUAAUCACUACCUGAAACACCGAAACAGCCAACUUACGUGGCUAGGAGACACCUGACGCGCUACUUCUUGUGUGCCAACAACCAAUUGCACUUCUCAAAACGGCCCUUAUUCGAAGACUUUCUUGUACCAGCUCGAAUUUGUCGUCACCUUGUCGGAUCAAGUCGGAGUUAUUGCCUGUGUAAGGGCGUCGUCUGCCCGCCCCGCAGUUCUCUUACGUCGCACUUCUUAUCUACUACCAUCCAUCUUGUCGUGGGCAGCAACACUCGUGGUUAUCCGCAUUGAUAAAUCGAAGAAAUGGAUGUAACUUCGCUUCUCAACAAUGCUCAACAGCCUUGCUACAGCAGAGGAGGCACAGAGGUCUCAUCAAAGGAUCACAAUCAUGGCAAACCCUUACCAAUGCCUUGGGCUGAAGACUCCAGCCAGAGGUCAGACAGAGAUGACAGGCAAAUUGCCAAUUUCUGGGGUGAAGGGAGAGUGGGAGCACUCCAGCUCGAGGAGUCGAUGUCUCAGUCAAGCAGUGGCCCUCCAGUUUCACCAAAGCAUGUUCACGAAACUGCCUUGGAAGCAAACAGUAGAUCAAAGCGACCGUCAAGGGGCUUUCCAUUCGAAGUUACUUCCCAAUUGCCGAUACAGUUGGCCAGAAACAACUUAUCUUGUGACGAGGCUCACAUAUGCUCGACUCGAAUGACCCCUCAAGACCACCGUGCCAGCUUUUCAGGAGAAGUAUCGGCAGCCUCAAACCAUAAAUUAUCAUUUAGCAACAGCAGUUUCGUGUCAUCGGGGUCAUCACUGUCGGAGUGUUAUUCAAGGCUAUCGUCUGUGGCAUCUGUUAGCGGCGUAUCUUCUUCGAGUAUACCUAUUAUAGACACGCCAUCAGUCUAUGCCAAGCCGUUUGGAGCACAAAGCCCUCAGAUUGAUCUUGACAUCACAGCGCAGUCUCCAUCUCCUUGGCUUAUAGAAGACGUCUCAGCAGCAAAGCAAAAUCAACUGAUCGUAACGGGAAACAUUUUAAAUGAUCGACCGGGUGUCGUUUUUAGCCUACGGAAGCUUGGGCAGCCUACUCUUCUCGGAGAGGCCUUACGCUCCGAGUUGACCCGACCAAAGUAUCAUAAAAGAGCCACAUCCGCUCCCCUUCUCGAUUCGCGUAUGACAACAUCCGCAUCAGACACGCUGAACGAUCGCUAUCCCACGCCAUUAUCUACUGAGCUAGCUAUGGGUAGCUCUACGCCAAAAAGCUUGCGGACUCAAGCAGAGGAAGCCAAGCCAAAUAUGGCUGCCACCUACCAAGAUGUUGACCCCGACCACCGACUGCACCCUGCACUCAGGAAUGGGCAAACAAGCGCUGCCAUUGAUAUGCUUCUUUCUCCGGGAGCUGUCCUACAGCCACAAGAACAAGUCUCCGAUCAAAUAUCCGAUACCACUUCUCUGGCACAAUCGACCCGCGACGUAAUAACUCGAGAGGCAUCUCUUGAGGCUUUGAGCCCUACAUCAAUGGCUCCGCUCGAAGAAGAGCCUCGGUGUAUGUUUGUCAAUGAUUGUCAGACUGGCUCGCAGCUACGCAAAGCCAUUUCACACCUUUUCGGGCGCAACAAGGCUUGCACCCUUCGGAUCCCAAAGCAGGUGUGGGUAUAUUAUUGUCGCAAACAUUAUCAACGGAUUAGGUAUCGAAAUGCCAAGACCUACCCUCUCAACCAGAUGUAUCUCGUGAAGAUGCAGAUAAACCGACUCCAAAGAUGGAGUAAUGAGAACCAACGCCAAGGAACCGGCCCGUACAUCAAACUCUGGACAUUGGCGUUACGAAAGAGGGAACAAAGCCGCCUUGACAAAGAAGGAGGCGCAGCAGAAGAGGGCGAAGAUGAGGCUCUAGAGGCACCAAACAGUUCGGCCGCUCCCGACUGGAUCAUUCAACGUCUGGGUACUGGAUACACGACGGAGCAGAUGCUCGAAGUUGCAGACCGCCUUUACCUAGAAAUCGAGAAUGGCACUCUUGGCCAGGUUCCCGAGGUCGAGUUUUUGCCUGACAUUACAGAGUCAGAGGCGGGAAACAUAACGAAGCUAGUCAGAAGCCGCAAACAGGCCCGCACAGCUGCUCCUGCAGUGGAAGUCAAGGCCUUCAAGCGACGAAGUUCUGAGGAUGCAGAUUGCGUCAGCCACGGAGAACCCUCACUUCUCAUUCAGCAUGACGCAUCUGAAUCUAUGAAUACUCCGCGGAAGCGAAUCCGCCUCAGUCCUCUUGGGGCAGACUUCCCCCAGCAUCCCCUUCUGACUCCCCUUCCAUCGACUGUGCCGUCUUACGCCACCAGCAAUGUGCUUGCGUCUUCGGCUGGCGCUGAGUCGUCCGUACCACGCACCUUGCCUACGGCCCCAAAGGCCCAGGUGUCAUCUCCUGGACAUUCCCAAGGACCUAUCGCGCACACGUAUGAGCUCUCGUCUAGCGAAUUUCGACGCCCUAAUGGCUUCGGCGGGCUUUACAGCCAUGAUCAACAGCAACAUUCAGUUCAGUACCGUGCGGGUACUGAAUCUUUUCUUCAAAGAAAUAGAGAUCCCUACUACCAUCAGAGACUGCCAUCCAUUGCUCAUCUGGCGGGAGCCAGCGAUCUCCAGGGUUCGGAUAUGGCAAUUCCACCAUUUAGAGGCUCUUGGGCAUCGAUUAAUGAGGACCCCAACGUGCCACGAGUCCCUCGCUUGCGAUCUUAUAGUGAUAAUAUCCCAACGAGCCAGCCCAUGUUGGAAUAUCCUCGACCAAGUUCAAGUGGCACCUCGCAGUUCGGCACAACGUACUUUGACAACAGAGCCGCGGCCUCUUUGACCCAUGAGCAGAACCCUCGUAGCUACUCUCGAGAGCACUGGCCCGAGUCGAGCCAUGUCUACGCUCCAGCCUGGCCCCAAAGAUCAAGCGCCCAGCAACAACAUCAUUAUUACGAUCAAGUAACACGCCCUCAGCUGGACAGCCUACGAGCUCCAACCUACCUUGGUCAGGCCAAACAACGUACCACAGCCGAGAGAGUUGAAUAAGAAGCACGUCGUUACAACAAUGUAUGAGCUCGUGCUGGCCAGGCUGUUGCGAAAGCGGCUAGUGAAGCACAUGAGGCUUAGUUGUGGGAUCUUCUAACCUCUACUUCACACCAUACCUAUCCUUUCCGAUGGGA